GACUAAGUGAGUAUCACAUGAUAGUAUCAUUUUUUUGAAACCAAUAAGUGUCUAGCCAGGACUUGUUCUUGAUCUUAGCUGUGAUAUUAAUUCGAAUUGUUCAAUAUAGGCAAGAUCUUGUGCUGCAAGUACUCGUUAAUAUCUCAAUCUCCUCAUUAUCUAGGUAUCAUUAUCAUCCUCAUUAGAAAUUUCUUCUCGACAAAAUGGCUUCGUUUAAGCGCAAGAACCAGAACAAGAAGAAUUCGAAAGGCCUAAAGACCUAUCAAGGUGGCGAUGGUAAGCCCACGGAUAAGGCCGAGCCGGGUGAGCAGACCAACGCCGCUGGCUAUGUCUUGAAUAAUCCUUUGAAGGGGUACAACAAGGUAGUGGAGAUGCAGAACGCUGCUUUCGAGCGCUACUACCGUGACCAAGGCAUCUGCGAAUCCGAAGAGGAAUUCAAAACCUUCAUGGCUACGUGUCGGACAGGUCUCCCCUGCGGUGUUCGCGUGAACGGGACUCUAGGACAACAUGCGAGGAUGCUAUGGAAGCAAUUCCAUUCUCUAUUAGCGCUUCCUGCGGAAGAGGAAACAUCCAAAGUUACAACAACGGCGAGUGCAAGUACUGCAGAACAAAACUGUUCCCCGACAAGCGCUGCAACAGAGACUUCGCCAUCUAAAGCUGAGAAAAAGGCAGAUGCUGCAGCUUCUGAGGGAACUCACGCGAGCGCUGCAGUUGACGACAGCAAAACCAACAAAGAGGAAGGAAUAAAGACUGAAUAUGCUCAGGAAGUCGAGGGCAGCGAGAAGAAGCUUUCAGAAACGAAGGGAGCUGCCAGUGCGACUUCUCAAAGCACUCCGCCGUACAUGCUACGACCGAAAACGCUUUCCUGGUACCCGCGUGGUUUGGCCUUUCAGUUCGACUACCUGGACGCUCGCGCGAUCAAGAAAGACGCGAACUUUCGUUUUCUGAAGCAGUUUUUGAUGAAUCGCGAAGUCUAUGGAGCCAUUCAGCGACAGGAGGCCGUGUCCAUGAUCCCGCCCCACCUUCUGAACAUCCAGCCAGACGAUCUUGUCCUCGAUCUCUGCGCCGCACCGGGAAGCAAGACGUGCCAGAUGCUUGAGCGCAUGCACUGGGAAAGCCAAGCCUCGUCUGGAAACGCCGACGGCCCGAGUCAGUUUACUGUCGGUCGUGGCGGAGUGUUGGCGAACGAUGUUGAGUGGAAGCGUGCAAACAUGUUGACCCACCAAGUUCAGCGUAUCGGGUCUCCCGCAGUCGGUGUUUUGAACACCGAUGCACAGUUCUUCCCAACCAUGAAGCGCGCUGAUGGCUCAGGGGUUAAUUUCGACAAGGUAUUGAAAUAUUCUGCUUUGAGAAGAUUGCUGCAGGAGUAUGUUUUUUGUUUGCCUCAUAUUCCCUCCAUACUUCGAUCACUGUAAGCAAGUAGUUGGCACAUUAUGUUAAUCAUUGCACUCGUAUUUUGGCAUCCUUUCAGACGGAUUUUCAAAAUGCAAAAUCUCAGGUGCUGUGCGAUGUCCCCUGCUCUGGGGAUGGUACUGUUCGCAAGACGCCGAAUAUCUGGCGCACGUGGACUGUGUCUGAUGGUCUGGGUCUGCAUUACCGGCAAUUAGCCAUCCUAUGGCGAGGUUUGGACGUGCUCCGCGUUGGCGGUCGAUUGGUUUAUUCGACCUGUAGUUUGAAUCCAAUGGAGAACGAAUCCGUGAUCGCCGCAUGUCUAGAGCGUUGUGGCCUCACUGCUGUCGAGGUGGUAGAAGCCGACUUUUUGAGUCAUGAAAAUGUUUCGUUGAACGGCCGCAAAGGGCUGACGACUUGGAAAGUGCCGCUUCCGAAAGGGUCUGCGGGCAUGUAUAUCGCAAGCUACGAGGAGACGCCACAGGCAUUGCGCGAGAGCAACAAAAUUCGCAAGAGCAUGUUUCCGCCCCCUGCUGUUGGCACGGACGGCGCGAAUGAGAAGACUGCGCAGAUUUGCGAACAGUUGCAACGAACACGGCGAUUUCUACCGCAUCUGAUGAACACGGGCGGAUUUUUCGUAGCUGUAUUGGAGAAAAAGGCUGAGCUUCCACGACAGCAAGAGCGACUCGAGCGUCAAAAGGCGUGGCACGAGAAGCAGCGACUGUUACAGGAAGAAGCAGCAGCGUCGGCAGCGUCGGCUCCAGUAAGCGAAGCUGAGCCACCAACGAAAAAGCUAAAAGUUGAAGACGGAACUGAGCAAGUGAACACUACAACAGAACAAGAUGAAAAGAGUAAGGCUGAAGUUGAAAGUGUUGAGCCAAAAAAAGUAGCGCAAGCUGUCAAGGAACAGUCCAGCGACGCUCCCGCAGCUGACGAUAACGGGGCGGCCUCUUCACAAGAGAACAAUAAAAGCGACGCAGAAGAUGCGAAGAAGGAUGACAGAUUAACCCCGUCGAAGCCUAGCGAAGAGGACAAGUUUGUGCCAAUUGACAGUGAUGAGUGGCAGUGCAUCCAAGACUACUACGGCUUACCAGCGUCUGCACGAACUCACUUUUACAAGCGUCCGCACAUGCACGGUGAUCACAAGAUCUACGGAAUCUCAGAAAAGCUCCGUGAUGUAGUCGAGUGUUGUCAAAACACUGGAAGCACCAAGGUACUGAAUUAUUUGAUUUUCUGAACUGCCAUUUUCAUACUUGUCUGUUACAGAUAAUUCGACAACGGGCUAGGAACCAUAUCGAUAUCUUUCUUUCUCGAACUCCAACAGGUGAUUUCAUGCGGUAUUCGGUGUUUUCAGAUGUUGAAUAGCUUCGGAGGCGAGUGCGGAUGGCGUGUGACGCAGCAGGGUCUCUUGUAUUUGAUCCGUCUUGGCCUCUCUCCGCGCCGUAUUCUUAACGUGCAGCCGGGCCUCCUGUUGAAGCUUCUGGAGGUGCGAGAGUUGAAGACACAAGAUGUGCUUGAAAAAUCUGCUGAGUUUUUCACGUCUUCUGAAGAAGUCUCGAAAUUUGCACCCCAAAAACAGGACCAGCAAAGCAGUCAAGACGAUAGAAGUAAGAUUGCGGUUGGGCAGGGGAGUUAUGCACUGUACUGCGCUGAGUUUGACCUUCACGUCUGCGUGAUCGUAUCUCGCAACUACUUCACAUUGUACGUUGACAAGCAAGAAGCCAAAGCGCUGCUAGCGUGCUUGCAAGUGGGCCCGGAUCUGGCGAAAGAGAUGGGUUUUACCUCAUAAGUAAGUAACAACAUGGUUAGAUUGCUAGAGUUAUGAUUUAUGAAUAUUUGCUUGCUACCAACCCCAAUGGACGAAAACAUGAUGUUAAAAUGACGAAAAUGCCGCACUUUUUUCCCACAUCAUUUUUUACGAUUGAACAAGAGAAUGCCCUGUCCCGGUUGCUUCGAUGCG